UUCCUCCUCCCCUUUUUCCCCGUCAAUUUGUCUUCAUCCCAAAGUCCGCCAUUUUUAUUCCUCUUUUUUCCAUAGUUAUUAGCGAUUUCCUCCUCCUACGUCUCCAAUUCCAACUUCUCCUCCCUUGUUCUACACUUCUGCUUUCCCCUUCCCUUUCAAUUUCAACGCUCUCUUCUCCUUGCCUUCUCCCCUACGCCCACGUCCCCCUGGAAAUCUCUGCUUUUUUCCGCGCUUGGCGUCUGCGAGCUCUCUCUGUAUAUAUAGGCAGAGAAAUUUCGGCAGGUUUGAAAUUCGGGAGUGCCUGCAAUUCACGGUCGUUGAAUUCCUCUUGUUUUCCGAAUCGCUAAGAGUGUCAGUGUGUGCCCUAGCUGGUUUUUGUUUCUUGCGCGGAGUUGAGGCGGAGGAGGUUAUGGAGGCGAAUGCGAAUCAUCUGCCUAAUGGCGAGGCGGCGGCGGCGGCGGUUCUGGAUAGUCCGACUAACCCUAUGGUCACUCCUCUCCUGACGGAUCUCUAUCAGUACACAAUGGCUUACGCGUAUUGGAAAGGCGGCAAGCACAACGAUCGAGCUGUGUUUGAUUUGUACUUUCGAAGGAAUCCUUUCGGCGGGGAGUACACCAUUUUUGCUGGGCUUGAAGAAUGCAUCAAGUUCAUUGCGAAUUUCAAAAUGAAUGAGGGCGAGAUCUCGUUCAUCCGCCAAAGCCUGUCGGGUUCAUGCGAGGAUGGUUUCUUUGAUUAUCUUCGAGAACUUGAUUGCUCUGAAGUAGAAGCCUAUGCUAUUCCAGAGGGGUCUGUUGUUUUCCCUAAGGUACCCCUGAUGAGAAUUGAAGGACCAGUUGCUGUGGUUCAACUAUUGGAGACCCCACUGUUGAAUCUUGUAAAUUUUGCAUCAUUAGUUGCAACAAAUGCGGCGAGACACCGGUUUGUUGCAGGGAAAUCAAAAAUGCUACUCGAGUUUGGACUUCGACGUGCUCAGGGACCUGAUGGUGCCAUAACUGCAUCAAAGUACUGCUACAUUGGAGGAUUUGAUGCAACAAGCAAUGUUGCUGCUGGACGGUUAUUUGGUAUCCCCCUUCGCGGAACACAUUCCCAUGCUUUUGUCAGCUCAUUUAUGAGUCCGGAUGAAAUCAUAGAGAAAUCACUUAAGAGCGCUGAUGGCUCAACUAUCUGUGAAGAUUUUGUCAGUUUGGUCCAGACCUGGUUAAACAAAAUAAAGGCUGUGCAGUGGUCCAAAUCAUCAAAUGGUGACACUAAUCAUAGUGAGCUAACAGCAUUCACAUCAUACGCAUUGGCCUUCCCUGACAAUUUUCUGGCUCUUGUAGACACAUAUGAUGUUAUGAGGAGUGGGAUCCCUAAUUUUUGUGCAGUGGCUUUGGCACUGAAUGAUCUGGGAUAUAAAGCUGGUGGCAUCAGACUAGACUCUGGUGACUUGGCGUAUUUGUCUUCUGAGGCUAGAAAGUUUUUCCAGUCCAUUGAGAAGGAAUUCUGUAUUCCUGGUUUUGGGAAAACGAAUAUCACUGCUAGUAAUGAUCUCAAUGAGGAAACUUUAGAUGCUUUGAACAAACAGGGGCAUGAAGUAGAUUCAUAUGGAAUUGGAACCUAUCUGGUCACAUGCUAUUCUCAAGCUGCUUUGGGUUGCGUCUUCAAGCUUGUUGAGAUAAAUGGCGAACCUCGUAUCAAACUUUCGGAAGAUGUCUCUAAGGUUUCUAUACCAUGCAAGAAACGGAGCUAUAGAUUAUAUGGUAAAGAAGGAUAUCCACUGGUAGACAUAAUGACACGAGAAAACGAACCUAUUCCCAAGGUGGGAGAAAGGAUACUGUGCCGUCAUCCUUUCAAUGAAUCGAAGAGGGCCUUUGUUGUUCCACAGAAGGUCGACGACCUCUUGAAGUGUUAUUGGCCUGGGACUUCAGGUAACUUCUUAGCUGUCUUGAAAAUGGUAGAGGCAGGGCCAGUCAUCAGAGUACGGUCCGGUCCAAGUUUUUCAAUCCAUUGUUUUCAGGCUGUGAAUGUUACUAAACUGGAUAUUGUUUGCUUCAUGGAAGGUAAACCAAGGGUAGAGCUGCCAUCUCUGAAUGAGACUAGAGAACGAUGCAUCAACCAGCUGGAGCAAAUGCGGCCAGACCACAUGAGACGGUUGAACCCGACACCAUACAAGGUGAGCGUAAGCGCGAAGCUGUACGAUUUCAUCCACUUCCUAUGGCUAAACGAGGCGCCUGUUGGAGAGCUGCAGUGAGCAGAGAGGGAAAAUAUGGGCUACUGGGGUGUGUACAAAAUGGGUACAUACGACUUGGUAGAGUCUGGAGUUUUGGCAGCAUCCACAGAUUCAUAUAUUUACCAUAUAACCGAGGGAUAGAUGUACAUUGCUACGAAUUGUCUUUUCGUACCAUGCCUUCGUUUUGAUUGUUCGUUUCUUUGGGAUCGGCUGUUUUAACUUGGUUUUUUCUCUAGUUUACUACUACAAUCCCUUGUUUACUUACGGUCGAAGGAAUAAAAUGUGUACAAUAAGCUCCGAUUUGCCCAAUUGGACCAACAGUUACAUCCUCGACGAUAUGGUUUUUUCAGCAUGUGCUCACGUCAUUGGAUUGUUGGGGUGAAAUAUCGAUCUAGACAUUUCUGACAA